CUUGUGAUAUCGCAUCAUCAUGCCUGAACCAGCAAAGUCCGCUCCUAAGAAGGGAUCCAAGAAGGCCGUCACCAAGACCGCCGGUAAGGGAGGAAAGAAACGCAGAAAGUCCAGGAAGGAGAGCUACGCCAUCUAUGUCUACAAAGUCCUGAAGCAGGUCCACCCUGACACCGGUAUCUCCUCCAAGGCGAUGGGCAUCAUGAACUCUUUCGUCAACGACAUCUUCGAGCGCAUCGCCGGUGAGUCGUCUCGCCUCGCGCACUACAACAAGCGCUCCACCAUCACUUCCAGAGAGAUCCAGACCGCCGUGCGUCUGUUGCUGCCCGGAGAGCUGGCCAAACACGCCGUGUCCGAGGGCACAAAGGCCGUCACCAAAUACACCAGCUCGAAGUGAGGCGUGCCAGACUUAAACUACCCUAAAGGCUCUUUUAAGAGCCACACAUAUUUUCAGUUAAAGAGUUUUUCUGUGUUGUCUAAUGCUCUUAAUUUUAUGUGAAUUUUGAGUUUGUCAAUAAAAAACAGACUUGGGUUCCUGAGAAGAUUUAGGCUGAGCUCGUUUUAUAACCCCGAUUCAUCCCUGUCUUUCUCUUCCUUGGAAAUGGCCGAAACUGAUCAGCUUUAUCUAUUUUGUGUAAAUCUUAUCAAACGCCAAACCGUGAGCGGUUCUUUACACUUUGUGCGUGUUUAGAAGUGUUUUACCUUCCAACGGACAUUCAUGCAUUAUUAUACCAA